GCCCGGCCCGGCCCGGCCCCGCAGGAGAAGCCGCCGCGCGCCCGCCGGUUCCCGCCGCCUGCCAGGGCUUCGGGGCUCCGCGCGCGGUUGCUAUGGCGCCGGUGGCCGCGGCGACCAGAUGGCGGCUGCUGCUGGUGCUGAGCGCCGCGGGGCUCGGGGCUGCGGGCGCCCCCCAGCCGCCCAACAUCCUGCUCCUGCUUAUGGACGACAUGGGGUGGGGCGAUCUGGGGAUAUAUGGAGAACCUUCUAGAGAGACCCCGAAUUUGGACCGGAUGGCCGCAGAAGGGAUGCUUUUUCCAAACUUCUACUCAGCCAACCCCCUGUGCUCGCCAUCACGGGCAGCUCUGCUCACUGGACGCCUACCCAUCCGCAAUGGCUUCUACACCACCAACAGGCACGCCAGAAAUGCCUACACACCGCAGGAGAUCGUGGGUGGCAUCCCAGACCAGGAGCACGUGCUGCCUGAGCUGCUGAAGGAGGCCGGCUAUGUCAGCAAGAUUGUGGGCAAAUGGCAUCUGGGCCACAGGCCUCGGUUCCACCCCCUGAAGCAUGGAUUCGAUGAGUGGUUUGGAUCCCCCAACUGUCACUUUGGACCUUAUGACAACAGGGCCAGGCCCAACAUCCCUGUGUACAGGGACUGGGAGAUGGUCGGCAGAUAUUACGAGGAAUUUCCAAUUAACCUGAAGACUGGGGAGGCCAACCUCACCCAGGUGUACUUGCAGGAAGCCCUGGACUUCAUUAAGAGGCAGCAAGCAGCUCAGCGCCCCUUCUUUCUCUACUGGGCCAUCGAUGCCACUCAUGCACCUGUUUACGCUUCCAGACCCUUCUUGGGCACCAGCCAACGAGGGCGGUAUGGGGAUGCCGUCCGGGAGAUUGACAAUAGCGUUGGGAAAAUCCUGAGCCUCCUCCAGGACCUGAGGAUCUCUGAGAACACGUUUGUUUUCUUCACAUCGGACAAUGGCGCGGCCCUCAUUUCUGCUCCUAACCAAGGUGGUAGCAACGGCCCCUUUCUGUGCGGGAAGCAGACCACGUUUGAAGGUGGGAUGAGGGAGCCUGCGAUUGCAUGGUGGCCCGGGCGAAUCCCUGCAGGCCGGGUGAGCCACCAGCUGGGCAGCAUCAUGGACCUCUUCACCACCAGCCUGUCCCUGGCAGGCCUGGCACCGCCCAGUGACAGGGUAAUUGACGGCCUGGACCUGCUACCUGCCAUGCUGAGGGGCCAGCUGACAGACAGGCCGAUAUUCUAUUACCGUGGAGAUACACUGAUGGCAGUCACCCUUGGCCAGUACAAGGCCCACUUCUGGACCUGGACCAAUUCCUGGGAGGAGUUCAGACAGGGCAUUGAUUUCUGCCCUGGGCAGAACGUCUCAGGAGUCACCACCCACACGCAGGAGGAGCACACGAAGCUGCCCCUAAUCUUCCACCUGGGACGAGACCCUGGGGAGAGGUUCCCCCUCAGCUUUGCCAGCACUGAGUACCUGGAUGUCCUUCAAAGGGUCACCCCCGUUGUCCAGCAACACCAGAAGACCCUGGUCCCUGGACAGCCCCAACUCAAUGUGUGUGACCGGGCAGUCAUGAACUGGGCGCCCCCAGGCUGUGAAAAGUUAGGGAAGUGCCUGACGCCCCCGGAGUCCACCCCCAAGAAGUGCUCCUGGCCCCACUAGCAGUGGCUGAUACUCAGGCCAGGCCUGGGCUCUGCCCCUGGGCCCCCCAGAUCCUGCAGGGAGAAGGACUCUGGCCCAGGGCUCCCAUGCUGGAAGAGCCCCAGCUGCCCUCUGCUCUGCCCAUGCCAAAUGGACCUCAUCUGCACCCCAGCGGGACCUGCACGGCUACUGGUGCCCAAGACCUGGCCCGGAGCUUCGGAACCCUCUUGCUGGCCUGCCGACCUCUUCUGUGCUGGGUUCCAUCCCAGGACCUAGAGGGCCCGCUGUCCCCAGGCGGCCCUGCCAAAUCCUGCAUUGGCCUCUUGGCCCUAUGCAGAGGCCCCCUGCACCCCACGAUGGUGGGUUGUGACUGGGGAGGGGAUCUUGGCCACAGCCAAGGAAGGCCUCCCCGGCCCCGGGGGAACGGAGGGCACCUUGGAUUUCCCACUUUCCUAAGGAUCCGGACCCCAGGACCCCGGGGGUAAGCGGUGCCUCAGCUGCCCUGCCAACCCUCUGCCCCUGGGCUCCAGCGGGUGUGGACGCGGGUGUUUCCUGCCGACCCUCCGCGCCCCCACUCCGUACGGGGCGGGGGGUGGGGAUCUUCGUGUCUCCGCACUGAUGCCGAUGCCACAGCUGCGUCCUUGUAAUACUGGGGAGAUGACGAAGGAGGAAGUAGAAUAAAGCAUUCGAAUAAAGUAACGAGAAUUUUAA